AUGGAUGUCUGUGAAGGGUCUAUCACUGUGAUCCUCGGGGUGACCUCCUCGGUGCCCUCCUUGCCACUCCCCAACGUCCUCCUGAUGGCCAAUGUCACCUGGCCCCAGGGUCAGUUUUCCACCUGGAGCACACCUGGUAGUGCCCCAGUCAUCACCCUCAGCAGGAUUCUCCCACUGAAGUACGUGGAACUACGAAUCUGCGACCGGCUCCAACGCAUCCUGAGGGUUAGGACAGUGACUGAAAAGAUCUACUACCUGAGGCUCCACGAAAAACACCCAGAUGCUGUGUUUCAAUUCUGGAUCCGCUUGGUGAAAAUUCUGCGGAGAGGUCUGUCUAUCACCACAAAAGACCCGAGAAUCCAGUUCUCUCACUGCCUGGUGCCCAAGUUGCCCUGCAGCUCCACCGAAACAGCUCAGCCCAGCCUAGUUGCUAAACCAGGGGCCCAGCCCAACCCCAAGACCCGGAUUCUUGACGAUGUAGCAGACCGGAUUCUUGACGAUGUAGCAGAGCGAGUGACUGGCACCAGGUGGCGCCACACUGCAGGCGGGACCCCAGUGGACUGGAUCUGCACCUCCCAGCCCCUUGGCUGA